CGCGAACCCGUUUCAGCACGAUCUUUGCCGGCAUCGACCUUCUUCACCGCACUGCCUCUUGCACUCUCAAGACUUGCUGCAGCCCAUGUGACUAGAUGAGUAAGGCCUCGACAAGCGACAUCGGCGACUUGGAGCCCGUCAUCGCGAUGCAUAAAUACGUGAGCAAUUGUUCUGUUCGCUCUCCAUCACAGUACAUCUGCCUUCAUGCGAUACUUCAGCGCGCUAGCAACUGUUCUACUCGCUCUCCACCACGGUUCACAUGCUCUCAUGGACCCAUCGCUGUACAAGAACGCCGUCACCUCACGCAACCUGACCUAUCACUACUACUUCUCCCCCGCCCAGCCAGAGAAGCCAACCCUGCUGCUCUGCCACGGAAUCCCGUCCACAUCCUACGACUGGCGCUACAUCGUGCCUGUUUUGGAAGAGAAGGGAUAUGGGGUGCUCGCCCCCGACAUGCUCGGCCUUGGUGAGACCGCCAAGCCUGCGGACCCGGCGGCGUACGUCCCGAGUCUGAUCUCUAAAGACCUCGUUGACCUCCUCGACGCCGAGAGUCUCGGAAAGGUUAUUGCGAUUGGCCACGACUGGGGCUGCAAGGCCAUCUCGCGCCUCGCAAACUAUUAUCCCGAGCGAUUCCUUGCCUAUGCGUUUCUCGCUGUCCCUUUCGCAGAAAUCACGCCUCCAACCGACUUUCAAAUGUACCUGGACUACGUCAAGCGGGUGUACGGGUAUGAGCUGUACGGCUACUGGUCCUUUUUCAGCGCACCGGACGCGAACGAGCUUAUCCAGGUGCACGUGGAUUCGUUUGUUAGCGUCGCGUUCCCGUACGAUCCCACGAUCUGGAAGACGCGCUGGGCCCCCACGGGCGUGCUGAGACAGAGCCUGCUCGAAGGCUACGUCGCGCCUCUGCCGGCGUACAUGUCCGAGGAGGAUAAGGAACACUUUGUGGGCACGUUCAGCCGAAACGGCUUUGAGGCGCCGGCGAACUGGUACAAGAUCAUGACGAGCCAGCUGUCUGCCAGGGACGACGAGCAGAUUCCGUAUGAGCGCGCUCUCCCGCCAGCCAGUGCGCCCAUUUACUUCGCCGCCACCAAAUACGACUAUGUCUGCCUUCCUGAAAUCGGCUAUGCGGUGUUCGAGGGCGAGGAGUUUAGCAAGCACAAUGUGACGCAUAAAGAGUACGACACGGACCACUGGAUCAUUCUUUCGAAAGGAGACGAGGUUGCUCACGACCUUGACGCGUGGAUAGAGGGUACUGCUGUUUCGCAGGCCAGCCACUAAGUCGGUGAGUCCUAUACGGGUAUACGAGAGGUGCCGUGGCUGACAUCCUCGUCAUAGAUCUCAGCUUUGCUUGACAGCGGAGUUUGCGCGCUGUGGGCAGUGUGCUGUAAUAGAGCUAGAUAGCGAAUAUUUGGUAGCACGCAACUUGCACAUCUUCUGCCAUUUGCCGCUUGGUGACCUAUCGCAUAAGCUACCACUACUAUAUCAUUCGCACCUCCUAGAAGACUGGGCGCAGCGAAACGAGCAGAGGGGUUAGUUAUCGUAGUGCGUAUCUGCACAUAUGCCAAAGUCCGGCU